GUGGAUGCGGAUUAAUAGUGAAAAGAGUGACUUUAGGAUCGAGUGUUCCCAGUUGCAUGUGGAAUAUACAAGCGAUGUGGGUCUUUCUUUUUUCUUUUCUUUUUUUCCCCUUGUAAACUUCACCAAAACUUUUUUUUGUGGACGACAGAUGCAAACGUGAAGCCACUACAGAGGAAUCGCACGGACAGGAAGGGGAGGGGGGGAGUGGAACUUUGUUAUGGAUUUUGGAACUUUUAGGAUCUUAACGUGAUGCGCUUGUUGUGCCUACUUUGUGGCGCACCGCUAACUUCAAGUCACCGACUUGUGACGUGAUCUAAAAGCAUCAGGGAGUAGCUCUCUGAACUGUUGAUGCGACAGGAUGGAGUAACGCUUUUCUAAGAUUCAUUCUCGGAGGAAAUGGGAAGUCGUGCCACAUUGAUGGAGCGAACAGCGGUUUUUAUAUACGGCGUGUUGAUCCUAAUCCUCGGUCUUUGUGUCGGAUCUCCCAACCACAGCCACCGACUGGUCUGCUGGAAAGCCAUCCUGAAGUGUCAUGCAGAGCCAGAGUGCCAUUACGCCUACGAUCAGUACAUCUAUGCCUGCGCGUCUGUUUUGAGCGGGGAACGCAAAAAGUGCCCCAGUCACUGCGUGUCCUCUCUGAUUCAGCUCAAUUUAACCCGGAGCGGCCCGGCUCUGGAGGACUGCGACUGCGCCCAGGACCCUAACUGCAGAAACACCAAACGGACCAUCGAGCCGUGCCUGCCGCGGACUAGCACCAUGGGCUGCACCGAGGCCCGGCUGCAGUGUGAAAUGGACCCGCACUGCAGCUCUGCCAUGGGGGAUUAUUUAUAUCACUGCCGCAAACUUUUCGGUGGCGAAAGGUGCUCAGAUGCGUGUCGCAAAGUGAUAGCCAACAUGCGUUCCAUACCUAAAGCGCAGCAGCUGGACACCUGUGUGUGCGACGGCACCGAAAGGAACAUAUGUGAGUACAUCAAAGUCAGCAUGAAAACUUUCUGCUCCGACUCCAGUGACAGGUACGCGGGAAGCGGCUUCUCAGACUCCGAGGAGGACCCUGAGAAUGAUUAUAUGGAUCUGGAGGAUGAGACAUAUGUGGAAAACUCAAGUGACACCGCACAUUUUCAGACUGCUGUGUUCAAUACUCUGACUACCAUUCUGGUUUUAGCCAAAAUUAUCUGAAAAGAGGGGGGGGGGGGAGUGCCUACUAUCGGGGACAGUUAGACCAGACAGGAGCCUAACCCGUGGGAAUGGACGCCAGAAACAGAGACCAAACUAAAAAAAUUGUGUUCUUCUAAUCAGAACAUUCUAUUUUAUAACUCAACCAAAACCUUCUACUUCAUGUCUACAACAAUGUAUUUUAAAAAAAGUGUUUAUGACGUUUGUCAGUCACUGUUGUGGAUCAGAUAGUAGUUAUAUUUCAAUUACACAUUUAAAAAUAAACAUCUUAUACUGUUAAAGGAAGCUAUUUUUGUAUGUUGGUAUACAUAAAUAUAAAUUGUAUAGUAUAUUGUAAAAAAAAAUAUUUUUGUCUAAAUAUUUGUUUGGGUGUUAUAUAUAUAGAGAGAGAACAUGAGAUUUUGCACUGUAUCCAAAAGAAAGUCCUGUACUGCAUUAUCACCACAGAGGAAGGAAAUGUGCUUCAUUAAAAUCCAAAACAAAAAAAAGAAAGCAAAAAUGCCUCAAGGUCGGUUUUAUUCACCAGCAAGACUGUGAAAGCUCCACAACACUUUCACUUAAAAAAAAAAAAACCCAAAGUUGAUUAAAACCACUAAAAUGUGUUUAAAUCCCAAGGUGGAUAAUGAAUCUGUGUAAAGAAUCUCUUGACCUUGAAAACAUGGUGUUUGCUUAAGGUAUAAAGUGUUAAUUCCAAACUCAAACAGACUGGAGAAGGCCAAAACCCUCCUCCUUGGGAUUUGUGGAGAAGCAUUCAGUCGGUUUGUUUAUCUUCACCCCGUGUGUUUGUCCAAAGUCUUAACAAAGGCACACUGAUUAUAAGACAACGUGUCUGUGUUUGGGUGAAUGAAGAUAUUAAGUGCCCAUUAUGAACACAGACCUUUGAAUGUACAUGCACAUUAAA